CUUUGUUGGAUCAUGUAUGAAAUGUAUAAUUCGUUUGUCUCAUUAUUAGAAUCAUGAAUUCAUUAUCACAUGUGCAACAAGUAAGGAGAUUGUACAAAACUAUUUUGAGAUUACACCGUGAAUUGCCUGAAGAAGUACAACCUCUUGGAAAUAAUUAUGUACGAGACGAGUUUAGAAGACACAAAAUAUGUACUCCUACUGAAGCUAACAUCUUUUUAAACGAAUGGGCUGAUUAUGCUAUCUCUUUGGGAAAGCAACUUGGAUUGCAGGGUAUAAAAAUGGCGAAGCCAUUAGGAAAAAAUUUAAGCACCGAUAAUUUAGAAAGAUUAAGGGAUGAGCAAGUACAUCAAUUAUACGAGUUAUUAAUUGCUACGAGAGGUGGUCCAGAAGACACGAACAUGACUUCUUCAUGAUGAGGUUUAUAGUAAAAAAUUAUUUUUGUGUAAAUUGGCGCUAGAAACAUUUGUUAUAAUCUUAUUUAUUAUUAAUAGGCCUAUAUCUUAUUGUUGUGAAAAAUAAACUAUUGUUUAAAAAC